CCUGAUGUGGGGCGCAGACAUAGCCAAUCAGUGGCUUGUAUCCAUAAUGGUAUCUUUCUUACAAGAUAUAUUUCUAACACAGCCUAUCAAAAUAAUCGUCUUGGUAUCUUUGCUGGCACUGAUCAUCAAAAAGCCAAUGAACAACCAUGAUGACGUCAUUAUCUCUGGCAACCACGAACUUAUAUCACAUGAAGCAGUAGAAGUACCAACUGAAGAAGAAUUGAAUGAAGCACGUAUUUUUGCAGAAAGUAGAUCAACUUCCAAGCAUUUUCUAACAGAGUUGGUCUUAUAUCUACCUUUGGUUAUACUGUUAUUCAUUGUAUGUUAUGGAAACAGAGACUCCCAAAGAUUUAUGUUGUCAGACUCCCUUCGGAAUAUUGCACCUAACUUUAAUAAAGUCACAGAUCCACAAUCGUUUUGGAAGUGGGUAAAGGAAGAACCAAUAAGUGCUCUUUAUGAUAUCACGUGGUACAACAAUCAAGCGUUCGAGGAAACGAAUGGUUUUAUUAGCAACCGAAAAGUUUUCCUUGUGGGGAUGCCUCGACUUCGACAACUGAGGGUAAAAGGGAAAUCAUGCCCAAAAGUGGAAUUGCAUCAUUUAUUCAAGCGCUGUCUUCCAAGCUACAACUUAAAUUCUGAGGACGACACACCCUACAGUCUACCAGGUUGGAAGGAGCACCCUGUUGGGAACUUAACAGAUAAAUUUACUACAUCCAAUUUGGAUAGCCUAUGUCCAAGGCCUUGGAGGUACAUGGACUUCAAAAGAAUCCAAACCCUUCCUUUUUAUGGAACUGGUAUUUUAUAUGGAGGCGGGGGGUUUGUUGCAGACCUUGGAUACAACAAAUCGACAGCAAAUGAAGUGGUUGACCUCUUAAGAGAGAGCAAUUGGAUUGACGAAUACACAGCGGCUGUUUUUCUUGAGUUUACAGUAUUCAAUCCAACUUCAGCAUUGUUUAGUUCAGUUAGAUACCUAUAUGAGCGAUUUCCAUCCGGUGCCACUAAUGCAAUGAUGAGAACUGAUACUCUUACUGUUUACGCUCCAACGAACAAAUCUAUAUAUUUUUUCUUUCAACUUUGUCAGUUUCUUCUGAUGGUCAUCAUUUUGAUCACUAUUGCCAUCGAGAUUAUCAGAAUUAUCAAGCAAGGACUUGAAUAUUUUAAAGUAAUCUGGAACCUGGUUCAAUGGAUUGAAGUUAUUUUUAUUGUCGUUGCUAUUGGAAUGCUUUAUCUGAAAGAAAAGUAUGUAGGAAAGUUCAUUGAGCGAUUACAAGCCAACCCUUACGAAACAUCAAGCACUGACUACAUUGUGAUGUGGUCUGACCUGGAAACGUUCGUUUUGUCGCUCGUCAUUUUUGUGGUUACAAUAAAACUGCUGCGUCUUAUUCGUUUCAGUAAAUCAGUAUACCAACUCCAUCGGACCAUCUUGCAGUCCAUAAAGAUGCUUGGAUCCAUAUUUCAGUUGUUUCUGGUGAUCAUAUUAGCUCUUUCUUUUAUGGCAACAAACGCCUUUGGAAACUUUUCCUACAACUUUUCAUCAUUUACCAAGUCAUUUACCAAGCUCCUUCACCUUUUAGCUGGCGGCAAAAUAUUCCAAAAAGAUUCGAGUUUCUCCGAUAGUCCCCUUGGUUUGAUAUUUGUCAUUUUAUACACAUUUCUCAAGGAUUUUCUUCUUGUAAAUUUGUUGCUGUCAGUAGUUAUARAAAGUUUUACAGCAUCCAAGUCCAUCACUGAUCCCAAGGUGUUAGAAAAUUCCAAAAUGUCUGAUUUUACCAGGAAAUUCAUCCGCAACGCUUUCAACAGCUGGAAGAAAAAGUUAAGCAAAUUUAUACAACAAAAACUUAACAAAGGAAAGCCAUAUAAGACUAAAAAAUGUAAAGACGAAAAACACAUUUAUGAAGAUAACGAUUCCAUUGGACACGGUUUUCAUGAUGUGGAGGAAAAUAUCAGAGAGAAUAGAUUGAGUAAACUUUACUACAACAUCAAAAGCCUAGAAAAAAUGAACUUUGAAUCAAUUCCUCUGAAGACCACUGGAGACAAAGUAUCUGAUGAGAAGGAAUGUUGUUUGCAAAGUGUAAAUGUUGGAGAGAAGAACCAAAGGAUUACUAAAGAUUACUGGGACAACAAAAGCCUGGAUAAUUUGCGUUUUGAUCCGAUUCCUCAAGAAGAAACACAGGAGACAGUAUUAGAUUAUGUUGUUGAUGAUGAUGAUGRUGGUGGUGAUGAUUAUGGCUUUGACGAUGAUUGUUUGGAUGAAGUAAAAGGAAGCCUGGCUGAAAUUAUUAACAUUUUGAGAAGUAUUACCUCCAAGGAGAAAGCAUCACACUCUAAUCAUUAAUAGAAGAACAGACUGAUAUUGAACCCUAAUAUUGGUGGUGUCACUAUGUCAAUCAUGACCGUUAAUCAUGUCCACGGCUAUGAUAGAGAACCAUUUUAAAGCCAACUCUCGCCUUGCGGACACCCCGAUAUAACGGACACCUCGCUGUUGCAGACAGGAGAAAAAUCUGAGAAAUGACUGUGAUCAACUCUCGCUGUUGAGGACGCUCGUUAUUGUGGACACCAAGUGACGGUCCCAAGGGUGUCCACCAUAACGAGAGUUGACCGUAUUGUAAAUAUUAGGCUCAACAACAAAAUCUAAAAUAUUAAUAAUGAUCACUAAAGUAAUAAAAUUGAGGGUAAGUUAAAUCGGUCACAGAUAUAUUGUUAAGGUCAGUCAGGUCCUUCAGCUAUGUUAUGAGCAUGCGUAAAUACGUUAUGAUACAAUCUCGUACCCAGAGCCUGCUUUUCUUCUCGCCUGCGGCGAAGAACGAGGGCUCUGGCAUAAAACUAUUUUUUGGCGCAUGCGCAAUUUUCCUAAAUAAUCAGCGAAAGUCAUGCUUUAGAACAGAGUUCUGGGUUUACUUCCGAUCAAAAUAAAAAUUAUAGGAAUCGGGAACAUAUUGUUUUAUUUUUGGCAAGGCUUUGAAACCAUGUGCUCUUUGUGGGAAGUCCAAGAAAUGUGGUCUCAAAAAAUGGAUUAUGCGAAGGCCCUCGUUCUUCGCCGCAGGCCAAAAGAAACGCGCGCAGGCUCUAGGUACGAGAUUGGUUAUGAUAUCAAUAGACAACAAAGAUAAUCGUAUCGACUACGCUUUUUUACACUGAUCAUCAGGGCUGAUGAUAGACGACAUACCCGGAAGUUUGGUAAAAUAUAUACUGCUUUAAAAAAUGUAGCCGAUACAAAUGAAUUAAAUAUGUAGAACAAUGAUACCUUCCCAUAAAGACCUGUUUGAUUAAAAAAUAGACUGCUGUGGCACCAUAUUUAAGGACAUUGAUUAUUCGCUCGUUUCUAGGCUCAAAGCCAGAUUCCCAAGAUUUUGACUUAGUCCGAAUAUCGGUGAAUCGGAUGUCUCAUUCCCAGGCGCCUUUAUCGUUAUUAGUAACCAGGGCACUAAACUAAGGACAGUAUGACAAUCUAAACUAUAUGUUAAUAUUUAUCUGGUACAAAAAACAUUAAUUUAUCAAAACAAUUUCUUUCGUAUAGAGAAUUGAUAGUCAUAGCAUUGAUGAACAAAUGACUAACAUGUUUCUUGUGUAUUUGAUGUCUCCUGUGUAUUCAUAUAUAGAUUGAUUCACUUGAGUGAUAUUGACUAAAUACGCACUAAAUUGUGACUAUUAGUUAAUAACUAUUUUGUUUUUAUUUCACGGAUUAAGUACCAUCGCUCUAGUGUGAAAGUUAAGCUACGAAAAAUUUAACUAAGCCUCUAGAUGCUUAGCGGCACGCUUUUUUUCUUUGUAUGAUCAAACUAUAGCAAACUGGAUAACAAAUUAACUUUGUUUUAAAUCAUCACUGAAAUAAGGUGAAACUUGCAGAAUCUUCAAAUACAUUGACGUUGAAGCUCUUCUGAUGCUAAAAGGCUAUGCACUAUGGAGUAGCUUUAGAAAGCCUUAUUGUUACUCAAAGUAAAACAUGUUAUAAUUUUUAUCAGCUACAUCGAUAAAUUUAUUGCUCGGUCCAAAAACGUUUUCCAUGUAAAAGUAGUGUCACGGUGCGAGUAAAGUUCAAAUUCAUAUUACAAUUCUUUUGAAGAACAGAAGAAGAUGCAAUAUUUUGGAACAAGUUGUUUUGCGUAAUAAACUUUGAAAAUGCCAAGAAUAAUUGCUUGACGCAAAUUUAUAUGAACCGUCUUGAUUGAUAUCAGUGAGAGAUUCGGGCGUUUCUUCUUCUUAUUUUCAAAUCUCAUUUGCAGAGUUUCUAAAACGUUUGGAACCCCUUCCCAUUUGCAAAAACUACACUCCUAAACCCAAAGCUUCUCUCGGACAGCUUCUUCUGACCUCUCUACC